GGCGGGCUCGCGGCCCGGCGUGUUGUUGUGGCGACGCCGCGCAGCUCGGUCCAACGUGGAGCUGUCAUGGCGGAGCCCAGUGCGGCGGUGAGUGCCCCGCGGGUUGCGGGCCCGCCUCUCUUCGCCUCCCCGCGCUGAAGCUUCGUGUCUCUGCUUCUCCCUAGGAGCAGCGGUGGCUGCAGGCGGCUCGGGAUUUUGCCGUUCGAGCGCUCCCAGCCUGCCCGGGGCCUGGCGGGACGGAGCUGCCGCCACUGGACGCGGUGCUGAGGUGCGUGAGGAGCGCGGGCGGCGGGAACCUGCCGCUGGGCUACAGAUAAUCCAUCUCCAGUUCAGGUUCCAGUCAAAUGCACAAGUACCUACAUUUAUUUCUCUCUUCUGAUUUUUUUUUUACUUUCAUCUCCAUCUCUGACCUAAAGCAUCAACAGCGUACUCCGUGCUGCAGCCACCUGACCUGGAACACUAACAGAUUUAAAGAAUGGGCUCGCCAAGGGCGAGGUGCUUUACCUUACCACAGCUCUUUGCCAAGGGCUUACCUGAUCUUGGUUGGCUAUUUAACCGAUGGAAGGCAAGAAGACAAAGAUGGCUGUCUCUACGUGAAAGAUAAUACUGGAGUAAUUCCGUGUGAGCUGCUGCAUUUUGAACUGGAGUGGCUGGAGUCACUGUUCCUUUUCCCGAGCUGGGCAUAUAUACCACAGACUGACCACAGUACAGCAGGAUACAUAGAAAUCCUGGUGGAUCCAGUGCCAGUAAAUCACCUCCCAAAGGAAGCGUCUGAGACCAUUCCAGUCAUCUACCCAGCAUUGGCUGAGCCACUCCUUGUCUCCAGGAUUCCUUUUAAGAACAGAUCAAAGCUCAGUGUGGCAGGUGAAUUGUCCAGACUCAGCCCUCUCCUUUGUAUUCAACAGAAGACGUUCUUCUUUCUAUUUCUGAAGUGCUUCACUUCAGUUGUUUGGGUCCCUGUCCUGGUAAAGAAGCCCAACCAGCUGGCGUGGCACCAUACCCUCCAGUUGGGCCACAGGUACACAAUAACAGGCCUGAGUAUAUCCAGCCUGAAGAAAUCUGGGCAAAGGAUGUUUGUCACCAGUGUUUCUUCCUGCCUACUGCCUUACUGUGCAGAGAAGGUAAAGGAGCAGGCACUGGACAGUUCUUGGCAAGGAGAAUCCUCUCUGUCAGCUUCGCUUGAGACCACAGAGCAUUUCACUGACUCCUCAGAGCUGAGCGUUGAAGAGUGGCCAGGAUCAAUCAAAGAGUCCAAAAUCAUCUCAUAUGUGGGAACUGUCACCAAAAUACUCAAUGCCCAAGCUGGUCUCUACGAGCUUGAUAGCAAAGUCUGCUUGUGCCUUGCUUACCAGCAGUUUUUGAACUCUGCACGUGGAAUCCGACCAGGAGCAUGUGUGGAGCUCAUCGAUGUCCACCUCCUACAGAAGCCUCUGGCAUCUUCUCCUUUCAUUGUACUUGGUGCUUGCUUGAAAAGCACUGUCCUGCUGAGGAGUUUUUCAAGGCUCAGCACUCCUUACCACCCACCAGUCGCUUCAAGAAAUCUCUACCUGCAGCUGCUCUUCCGCUAUAAUCUCGGUAUGCCGCCCUACCUCUGGCUGGUGAGCCUUCUGGAGACAUUUAAGGAGAGGUUUUCUUGUUUCUUUGGGCACCAGCGACUGUUGCUUAGCUCCAUACACCGAAACCCUGGACCUGCAGAGAAGUUCCUUGUCCCGAUUCUGCAAGCUGUGGUACCAGACAGGAGGGAAGCAAGAGAUAUUUAUCAUGAAAUUCUAGCAAAAAUACACCACUGUCCCCUGCAGAAGUAUUUGACCCUGGAUCCCCCAUACCAGGUCCCAUCUCUGUCAGUACUGGGUCGUGUAGCAGAACAGAAGGGCUGGGAAGGCUUCUGUCCAUCCCAGCUGCUCUCCCCCUUGGACGCACAACACAUGGGCACCCAAGAGCUGAAUCGCAGGCUGGCCUGGUCCUACUGCACACUCUCAGCAGGAAGUUUCCAGCCCCGUCUGAUCCUACUAGGUGUGCUGCGUAUCUCCUCCAGGAGAAGUUCCCUCCAGCUGCAGGACAGCAGCGGCACACUUCCCUGUGUGAUUUCCCAUAGGGAUGGUAGCCCCUUUGCCAAUACAGCUCUCAUAGGAUCGCUCUUGCAGGUGGAGAACUAUCAGCUUGUAGUGGAGAGAUUCAUUCAGAGUGAUUUUCCCUCCUGGGAGCAGCUAGAAAAUUCAGAGCAUGUGAGGGAGAAAAAAACCAGUAUCUAUGUGCAGUUCUACUUUGAGGAUGUUCAGGUUCUCCAUUCUGUGGAAGGACAAAUCCAGAAAGAUCCUUGGAGUAAAAACAACACCUCUUCGAGGAAAAAAAACGAUGGCAGCUCAACAUCUGAUCUGGAAACCCCGGAGGCAAAAGUGCUGAAAUUGGAGGAUCCCAAGCCGGAUCCCGGUGGAGAUGAGGGCUGUCAGAGGGGCCAGAGCAGCACUGGAAGAACCAGCUGUGUUUCUCACCUAUUCUUGGUUACCCAGAAAGAGGGGCUUAUGUUGCGCAACUACCAGCUACUCAGAGAAGGAGGUGGAGAAGAACAAGAGCCACAGUGCAGUUUUCAAGCCACAGUGCUGUGGCUGGGCAGACCUCAGCUGUGUAGCCACCCCAGGGAGACCGAGAGUCUGCCUGAGCUAGAGGAGGCCAGCCAUGGUGGAGGAGAGGGCGUGACACGGCAAGAGGCACUACUGCUUUUUAUGGGGAAGUCAUUGCAAUGGUUUCCAUUUCUGCAUCAGGAUGGGUUGUACCGCUUCAUUGUGCCCCACUGCUCGGACUUGGAAGUGUUUGACAAGCUCAGUUUUCCACCUGUGCCAGCAGAGUUCCAAGGCAGGCCAUCCUGCCCCUUAUGCCUGCCUGUCCAAGAUAACUGGCACUUACAGCAUGUGACAUGGCUCCCCUUCCCAGCUGAGCACCAGCUGGCAGCCAGGGCAGUGCUGACAGGCAUGGACCAGAGAAUUUCCUCCAUUCCAGAAAUACUUAGCAACAGUUUCAGAGGUUCCCUUGUUUCUUUCUCUGGAGAGAUAGUAGAGAGGACCCUGUGUGCUUCUCCUAAGAAUGAGAAGCCAUCUGCGACUCUCUGCCUUAGAAAGCAGAAAGGGAGUCUGCUGGCCAGUGAUCACAGCGUGAAGCUCAGCAUUGCAGCUGCUGCAGGCUCCCCCAUUGCGCUGGACAUCUACAUUGCUGCAACCUACCUGCAGCAUCUCAGGGGUUUGCUACCUGGAGCCAAGAUCCUCUUUCAGAACUUGGAACGCAAAAUCUCAAGAUUCCAUAACGUUUACUGCGCAUACGUUGCUUCCAGCUGUGUGACCAUCCUGUCUCUCCCAGCUUCUCACCAACUUUUUACUUCCAGUUGUGCAGGAAGAGCCUCAUCCCCUUCUCUGGUGUUUAUAUCCAACUUGCAACAUCAGCUACAAGCCCUGCCCCAGGCACGGAUUUUAUGCCACGUGUCCUGUGUGUUGACCCUCUCCCUGCAGUGGGUUUGCUCUCUCUGCAGCAGCAUCUUCAAAGAGGGGAGGUGCACCCGACACAGUCCACCAUGUCCAUCACACAGUGGAGUGAGACAAGCCAGUGCACGGGUGCUGGUGGAGGAUGGAACAGGUGAAGCUUUGGUGCUGUGCAGGAACCAGCACGUGGCAGCAAUGCUGGGCCUGAGCCUUCUCGAAUGGGAAGCUGUGCAAAGCUGUGUGCAGAGCAGAGGCAGCCUGUUCAUUCAGUAUGGGGAAGCUACUGGGACCGGGUGUGUGGAGGAACUUGAGGAUCCCAUUGCUUGCUAUCUAAGGAACCUCUGCAGGAGUUCUCUCAUCUGUCGCCCAAUUCUGCUGGAUUUCAGCCUAGACAGGAAGCCCUCCAAAGUCCUGCAGCCUGCUCCAGUGCAAGUGAGAAAUUUUCGGUGUGGUGAAGUGGAGUUUGUGUCACAAGUGAGACCUCGACAGAGCCUGUUGUGCCUGAACGUGGAAGAAGUGGGACAAAAAGCCUUAUGCUGUCUGAACAGAGAGAGGAUUGAGAGGAUAUCUGGUCACUGCCAAGUGGGAACCACUACUUAACAUCUUUCCCAGGGGGAAAUGAAGUAUGGAAACGCCUACUGGAAUUGGGAGGGCUUUUUUUCCCCCCUCUUUCUUCCUUUCCAGUGAGAGCACAGGCCUGUGAGCACAGCAUGAAGACAGUAACCAAGAAGCUGCCAUGACUAAUGGAAUUCUUUAACUGGACCGUUGCCACCAGCCACUGUGAGCUGUGCUUCAGGGAAGAAACGUUCGUUGUCUCCUACAUGGUAGCCAUUGCUCUGGGCCUAGGGCAUAUAAUGUGUGUUUUUUAUGCAGUAGUAUCUAGUAAAUAAGGCUAUCACAUUGCAGUUUAAAUAACAAUAUCUAUUUUAAUACCGUUUUACUUGCUAUAUGGGGAACUGAGUCAGAAUGUAGAUUCUUAAUUUAUGAGCCAGAGACCGGCAUUUUGCAGUUCAUUCACUCUCUUCAUGGGAAAGUGUGUAGUUUCCUUAGGGGAAAUUCUCCUUAACCUGUUUGAAAUGAUUACAAUGUUUUUAAAGCAUUUCCUUCCUCGAAGAAGAGAAGAAAAAUAAACAAGUUACUGUUUAGAGACUAAA